AUGGAUAAGUCUUGGAUUCAUCAUCAUGCUAAGGGUAGUGAAGGGUACAAUAGAGGCAUAAGAAACUUCAUAAAGUUGGCUAACAGACAUAAAGAUGGGCAGGGUAGGAUCAGAUGUCCGUGUCGUUUGUGCAAAAAUACUGUGUAUAAGCCAAUUAAGGAGGUUGAAAAACAUCUAUUUCAGUGUGGGAUGUACAAGUCGUAUACUAAUUGGAUAUGGCACGGGGAGGGUACUGUUAACAUCACUAGUACUGUUAAUACAGAAUAUGAUGUUAAUACCGACAAUGGGGAUAAUGCCGAUGAGGGACGUGGAAACGAAGACAAUGUAUUUGAACUGCUGGAUAAUGUACGAAUGGGAACAUUCACUAAUGCAGAACAAGCAGAAGAUCCACUUGAAGUUGAUGUGGGAGACGAAAGAUUUAAGAAAUUGCUAAAUGACGCACAAUGUGAAUUGUGGCCAGGUUGUCAGAAAAACUCUAAGUUGUCAGCAAUAUUAAAGUUGUUCCAUAUGAAAGUUGUAGGCCGAAUGACUAACAAAAGUUUUGACAUGUUGCUUAAGUUGCUAAAAGAGGAGUUGCUUCCUGAUGACAACACGUUGCCAAAGUCAUAUUACGAGACUAAAAGCUUGUUACGUGACUUGGGUCUCGGAUACGAUUCCAUCCAUGCAUGUAAAAAUGAUUGUGCUCUAUUCUGGAAGGAGAAUGAAGGUAAAGAAUGUUGUCCACAGUGUGGUGAGUCAAGGUAUAAAUCUCGCGAAGGUAAAGGUAAGAAAAUUCCUCAAAAAGUUCUACGAUACUUUCCUUUGAAACACAGGCUUCAACAAUUGUUUAUGUCAAGGGAUACAGCCGUAGACAUGCGGUGGCAUAAGGAGAAACGCGUCAAAGAGACAAAUGUGUUAAGACAUCCAGCUGAUUCAAAAGCUUGGGAGGAAUUUGACAAUAAGCAUAGUUGGUUUGCUGCCGAUCCUCGUAAUGUUCGUCUCGGGUUAGCAUGUGAUGGUUUUAAUCCAUUUGGUAACAUGAGCAAUGCUUAUAGUAUGUGGCCUGUAAUUAUUGUGCCUUACAAUUUGCCACCUUGGAUAUGUAUGAAGGAACCAUAUAUGUUUAUGUCAUUGCUUAUUCCUGGUCCUAAAUCACCUGGUAAUGACAUUGAUGUGUACCUGCUACCGUUGAUCGAUGAGUUGAAAGAAUUGUGGAUGGAUGGUGUGAUGACAUAUGAUGCCUAUAGCAAAUCUCACUUUAACAUGCAUGCGGGGUUGAUUUGGACUAUACAUGAUUUUCCGGCCUAUGCGAUGACAUCCGGAUAG